ACACAUUAUCAGAAAUAUUUAUAUUAGAUGUAAGCCAAAAAAAUUCUUAUAGAUGGGUUACUGAAUUUACUCCAAAUAUUACAACUACUACAAUCACUACUGCUACUCCAAGUAGUAUAAUUG